GAAACCUGUUCGGUUAAAGUUAAAAAGCAUGUAAAAAGGAGAUUGGCGGUCCCUCCGUGCGUCCUUUGUUGCUGCUUCCUUCGGUCCUUGCGUUGCCCGAGCGCGGCGGCUGAGUAAAUAAACGAGUAGCUUAGAAAAUUAAUAUAUAUAUAGUAGCAAAUAAAGAAAACACUUUUUUCUUUUCUCAAGGAAUAUCGCUACACUGGGAAUCCGAGAUCGCCGAUCUAUUGUGUUUUUCUUUCCUUAGAGAUAAAGUAAUUAAAUUUUAGUUUCAAUGGCAAAAUUGGUUUGAGAAGAAAUUGCGUCGUAAAGACCAAAAAAACCAUGUGGAGGCGAUUGUGGAUUAGUAGCGGUGCAGUGAAGCAGAGCGUGUCGGCGGUUUUCAGCCAAGUCAAUGGGAGGAAGAGGAAGCCUCGUGCUCAUCAUAUUUUGGGACUGAGGGCUAUUAUUCCUGCAUCAUCAUCAUCAUUAGUAUGGCUGAGGGAUCUAUCGUCGUCGUCGUCUUGUGCCGACUCAAACUCUGGCAGUGGCAAUAGCAUUUCAUUCGCGGAGGCGAAGAGGCUAAUGAGACUGGUGAACGUGGAGGCGCUGAAGACGAAGCUUGGUAUGGAGGGGAAGGAGGUGAUCGGAUACUCGGAGCUUCUCGAAGCCUGCGAGAGCAUGGGCGUGGCCAGAUCCCCCGAGGAGGCCGCUGCUUUCGCCCGAGUCCUUGACGAGGCCGGUGUCGUCCUUCUCUUCCGCGACAAGGUCUACCUUCAUCCCGAUAAAGUGGUGGAUCUGGUCAGAAGAGCGGUGCCCCUUGCUCUGACUUCUGAAGAUGACCCCGUGAGGGAUGAGUUAAAGAAGCUGCAGGAGAAGAAGGAAGAUAUUGAUGUGCUGGCACAUAAGCAGGUACGGCGCAUCCUCUGGUCUGGGCUAGGGUUUGCUGUGGUACAGGUUGGGCUCUUCUUCCGUCUUACAUUCUGGGAAUUUUCAUGGGACGUAAUGGAACCCAUUGCUUUUUUCGCCACAACCACUGGCAUAGUCAUAGGUUAUGCCUACUUUCUAUUUACUUCAAGAGACCCCACUUACCAAGACCUGUUUAAGAGACUGUUUCUCUCAAGGCAGAGGAAGCUGUUUCAGAAGCAAAAUUUUGAUAUUGAAAGAUUCAAAGAGUUACAAAAAAAAUGCAAAACUCCACUUGAUGCCACUGCCCCUAUUAAAAAUAGGGUGGGACUGGAACUGGAACUAGAGGAUGCUAUACAUAGGGACUAACAUUUUCUGGGGGGUUUGUUGAUAUCUUUGGAGUUUAUUCUCUGUAAUCUGGCCCCUCCUGUUUUCACGUAUGUAGGGGACCAACAUUUUAUACUCUCUGUUCUAAGAGAGGAUCGAGGCAGAUAGUCAGUAUUGAACGUCUUUUUUUUUU